AUGAGACAAAUGUGGCAGGGACUACAGAUAAUCACGGAUUACAAAAAUAAAACCAUUCCCGUCGCAGACAUCGACGUCUUGCUCCCAGACAAAUUAUGCAACUUCUGUGCGCGCUUUGAGGACAACACAGUGCCACCGACACGGCCCGCUACCAAAGUCUGUGGGCUCUUCUCCGUGGCCGACCGGAAAGUCCCCACACCAAUCCGGCCCUCACUCGCCCUCCCGCUGGUCUCCGUCUUCCUCACCCCACUCCCUGACCCCCCCGGCCCCUCAGCCCUCUAUUCCCUCUACUCUCCUCCUCCCUCCAUCCUCCAGUGGUCAGUGUGGAGGAGAAGAUCUGCUGACGCAGGCCAGGCGGAGGAGAAUCAGAUUGUUGAGAGCACCGUCAUCAGCAGAGGGGAGGAGAUCAUUGACAACUUUGAAGAGUGCAGUUUCAGUACUGUGGAGGGGGCCAAAACCGGACUGGAGGAGCUCAAACAGCUGUUCUUACACUUAGGUGUGAUUAUGUCGAACGGGUAUCCAUGGAAGCAACAGAGGAGGUUUGCUCUCUCUACGCUGAGGAACUUUGGACUGGGCAAGAAGAGUCUGGAGCCAUCCAUCCAGGUUGAAGCGCAGUGUUUGAAUGAAGCCAUUCAGAGUGAACAAGGAAAACCCUUCAGCCCGCAGAUACUGAUGAACAAUGCUGUUUCCAAUGUGAUCUGCUGUCUUGUGUUUGGUGACCGCUUUGAAUACAGCGAUGACCAAUUCCAAACCCUCCUGAAAACAAUGAACGAGAUUGUUUACUUGGAAGGAGGCUUUUGGGCCGGGAUGUAUAACAUGAUGCCGUGGGUCAUGCGUCGGGUUCCUGGUCCUCACAGAAGGAUCUUCACUGGCUGGAAGGAGGUCAUCUCCUUCAUCAACAUCAGGAUUCAGGAGCACAUGAAGGACAACGACCCCUCGUCACCAAGAGACUUCAUCGACUGCUUCCUCAACGAGAUAGAGAAGUGUGAAGACGACACAAGGGCUGGGUUUAACUUGGAGAACUUGUCCUUCUGCACCCUGGAUCUAUUUGUGGCUGGGACAGAGACCACCUCUACUACCCUCUAUUGGGGCCUUCUCUUUAUGAUCAACUACCCGGAGAUACAAGCCAAGGUGCAGGCAGAGAUCGAUGCAGUUGUUAGGUCAUCCCGGCAGCCCUCCAUGGAAGACAGGGACAGCAUGCCCUACACAGACGCAGUCAUCCAUGAGACACAGAGGAUGGGGAAUAUCCUACCGCUCAACGUAUCCCGCAUGGCCACUAAAGACACUGAGGUUGGAGGAUACACCAUCCCUAAGAACACCAUUGUGUUAGGCACCCUCCAGUCGAUCCUGUUUGAUGAGUCAGAGUGGGAGACCCCUCACACCUUCAACCCUGGACACUUCCUGGAUCAGGAGGGCAAGUUCAGGAAGAGAGAUGCAUUCCUUCCAUUCUCUUUAGGUAAGAGGGUGUGUCCUGGGGAGCAGCUGGCCAAGAUGGAACUCUUCCUGUUCUUCACCUCCCUGCUGCAGAGGUUCACCUUCUUCUCUCCCCCAGGGGUGGAACCCAGCCUGGACUUUCAGAUGGGGGUUACACACAGUCCCAAGCCUUACCAGCUGUGUGCAACACCUCGAUGAGUCUCCCACAGCUGCCCCAUUCAUUAUGUUGCUGAGGUUUAAAAAGUCAUUCUUGGAGGGCCAAGUGUCUGCAGGUUUUCACACCUCCCUUGUACUUGAUUGAUUAGUUAAGGUAAUUGAUUAGAACUUCCUUUGCCUGGUUGCUUAGGUCUUAAAUUGACACAAAUGAAAAGGAAAUGAAGCCUUUCAUAACACCAAACAACUGAAAAGGCUGCAGAUGGAGAAAACACACUCACGUAAUGACACUACACAUACCACUAAUACUCUACAUAUCAAGAUCUCAAACCAUAUGUUGUAGUCCUAGAUUAAACUUGAAUAAGAAGGAAAUAUUUGAUUGAUAAAUUAGGAGUGUUUUAGAUUUUCAAUGUAAAUGUACAUAAUUUACUUAAUUUACAAUGUAAACAUACUACAUGUCUUUCAUGUAUAUGACAUAUCUGAAUGUAUUUGACCCAUGGUCUGGUGGAUUGUGAUUUCUUCUGUACCUUUUUAUUUUCUUUCAAGGCAAUAUACACUACCGGUCAAAAGUUUUAGAACACUUACUCAUUCAAGUGUUUUUCUUUAUUUUUACUAUUUCCUACAUUGUAGAAUAAUAGCAAAGACAUCAAAACUAUAAAAUAACACAUAUGGAAUCAUGUAGUAACCAAACAAGUGUUAAACAAAUAUUGUUUAAUAUUUCAGAUUCUUCAAAUAGCCACACUUUGCCUUAAUGACAGCGUUGCACACUCUUGGCAUUCUCACAACCAGCUUCAUGAGGUAGUCACCUGGAAUGCAUUUCAAUUAACAGGUGUGCCUUAAGUUAAUUUGUGGAAUUUCUUUCCUUAAUGCGUUUGAACCAUCAGUUGUGUUGUGACAAGGUAGGGUUGGUAUACAGAAGAUAGCCCUAUUUGGUAAAAGACCAAGUCCAUAUUAUGGCAAGAACAGCUUAAAUAAGCAAAGACAAAUGACAGUCCAUCAUUACUUUAAGACACGAAGGUCAGUCAAUACAGAAAAUGUCAAGAACUUUUAAAGUUUCUCAAAAUUCAUCAAGCGCUAUGAUGUAACUGGCUCUCAUGAGGACUGCCAUAGGAAUGGAAGACCCAGAAUUACCUCUGCUGCAGAGAAUAAGUUCAUUAGAGUUACCAGCCUCAAAAAUUGCCAGUAACAGACACAUCUCAACAUCAACUGUUCAGAGGAGACUGUGUGAAUCACGCCUUCAUGUUCGAAUUGAUGCAAAGAAACCACUACUAAAGGACACCAAUAAGAAGAAGAGAUUUGCUUUGGCCAAGAAACACAAGCAAUGGUCAUUAGACUGGUGGAAAUGUGUCCUUUGGUCUGGAGUCCAAAUUCGAGAUUUUUGGUUCCAACCUAUGUGUUUUUGUGAGACUUGGUGUGGGUGAACGGAUGAUCUCCGCAUGUGUAUUUCCCACCGUAAAUAAUGGAGGAGGAGGUGUUAAGGUGUGGGGGUGCUUUGCUGGUGACACUGAUUUAUUUCGAAUUCAAGGCACACUAAAUCAGCAUGGCUACCACAGCAUUUUACAGUGAUACGCCAUCCCAUCUGGUUUGGGCUUAGUGGGACUAUCAUUUGUUUUUCAACAGGACAAUGUCCCAACACACCUCCAGGCCGUGUAGGGGCUAUUUUACCAAGAAGGAAAGUGAUGGAGUGAUGCAUCAGAUGACCUGGCCGCCAUAAUCCAACAACCUCAACCAAAUUGAGAUGGUUUGGGAUGAGUCGGACUGCAGAG